GAUCAAAGUUCAAACUGUAAUAGAAUGAUCCCCUGUAGACACUUAACAAUGGCGAAACUUCAAUUCUCAAUGGCUAUUCUCACUCUGUCUUUCAUAUCUUCGUUUAAUUCCAUUACAUCAUCGACAUUUACACUCACAAAUCAAUGCAACUAUCCCGUUUGGGCCGGUCUUCUCUCCGGCGCCGGCACUGCUCCACUACCCACCACCGGCUUCCCUCUUCAACCCAGCCAGUCAAAUUCCGUCGAGGUCCCUCCCGGUUGGUCUGGACGGAUGUGGGGUCGCACCCUUUGCUCCGCUGAUUCCACCGGCAGAUUCUCCUGCGUCACAGGCGACUGCGGAUCCGGAACAAUUGAAUGCAACGGUAGUGGCGCCGCCCCUCCAACCACCUUGGCUGAAUUCACACUUAACGGAGCAAACGGGAUGGACUUUUACGAUGUCAGCCUUGUCGACGGGUACAACCUCCCCAUGAUGGUGGUACCACAAGGUGGGACCGGCGGAAACUGUAAUGUCACCGGCUGUAUGGUGGACUUGAAUAAGAACUGCCCGUCGGCAUUGCGGUUGACGGCCACCGGUGGUAGUGAUGAAUCCGUCGCCUGUAAAAGCGCCUGUGAGGCAUUUGGAGACCCUAUGUACUGCUGUAGUGGGGCCUACUCGACCCCACAGACAUGCAGUCCGACGUCGUAUUCGGAGUAUUUCAAAACCGCAUGUCCGACGGCUUACAGUUAUGCAUACGACGACGGAUCGAGCACGUUUACCUGUUCCUCCGCCAACUAUGUCAUCACUUUCUGCCCUACGCCGGCGAACAGCCGCAAAACAACCGGAGCCGGCCAGCCACCGGCAGACAGCAGCGGAGGAAGCUCAUUGGCUGAAGCUUUAGGCGGUCACUCCGUUAUGGUUAUUGCCGUCUUAUUAUUGACGAUGAUUUCACUAAAAUGCCCUCGUUGUUUCAUCUUUCUACUCCUCGGCUAAUUUAUUUCACGCAAGCCGAUUAUAGAGGCUUAGAGCAGUAGAAUAGGUUUUGAUUUUUUAAUGUAUGUGGCUAACUGUAAAGUUUUUAGUUUUGAUAGGAUUUUUAAGAGUUAUUAGACUAAUAAGAAAUAUUGCGUGACUUACGAUUA